AUGGGCGCGCAGAUGUCUGGGAUAUACGGUGGGCUUGGCGCUGGGCAUCAGGAAGAAGGUACACCAUUCAAUACCCCCAAAGAGCAGCCGGUCGCGCAUGUGUGCAAGGAUCUCGGGAGCGGCUUCGAGCAGUGGGAUUUGCUGUUCGUGGAGCAGAUCGAGAUGGCGGAGUACGCGUGCGGAUACUCCUGGCCGAAACGGGACAAGGUGAACAAAUUCGUCCAGUACUUAUGCGAAUUGGCUGAGCUCUUCUACCAGCAACACGUCAUGUGCUGGUGGGUCACGCAGCUGACGCCCGGAUUUGAGAUGGAGCCGAUACACAUGUCGUUCAAGAAAAAAAGAAACAAAAUACGUUGCGAGUCUUCAUACCGUCCUGAGUGA